ACAAUGAAAAAAUACUUUGUUGACAGGGUUGAGAUGCUCAUACCUGUCCAACAGGUUACUGCACUCAAACACACCAGUUUCUUUUUCUCUCUUUUUUGCCCUCACACGCUCAGUGCGGAACAUGAUAUGUAGGGAGAGAGAGCGAACAUUGAAUGUAAAACAGACAAUUAUUCGUUCAGAUAAGUGUGUGAAAUGGCAGAGGAGUGUUUCAAAGACCUUGAUCCAUUCAACUGUCCCAUCUGUCUGGAUGCCCUCCAGGAUCCAGUGACGAUUCCCUGCGGACACAACUACUGCAUGGGCUGUGUUAAAGACUAUUGGGAUAAAAAGGGUGGCAAAGACGGUGGUUACAGUUGCCCUCAGUGCAGGAAGACCUUCUCACCUCAGCCUGUUCUCAACAAAAACACCAUGUUUGCAGAAGUGGUGGAGCGGUUUAAAAACACAGGACUUCAGGAUUCUCCACCCACACAUGACAAUGGACCUGGACACACGAAGAGAGAAAUCUGUACUGCCAAAAAACUCAAACCUUUGAAGAUGUGUCCAGAAAGCGAGGAUUCAUCCUGUAAGAUUCACCUAAGAUAUCAUAACAACGACUAUCCCAGAGAAAAGCACACAGUGAUUGUUGUAAGUGGGGAAACUAAAGGAAAUAUUUGCUCAAGGCACAACAGACCAUUGGGAGACCGACAGUUCAUCUGCCCCCUGUGUCUUGAUGAAGUCCAUCAAGGACAUAAAGUGUUUUCAGGGUCACCUGAGAAGACAAAAACGCUCAGGAGUAAAGACAAAACAAGUGGACAUGGUAGGAGACCAUCUCAUAAGAGGGUUCAUGACACUGAGCAUAGGCAUGGACAUCGGAGUGGACAUACUCGGGGCUCACAUGCUAAAAGAGGGCAUGAAACACACGGACAUAAAAGUAGUGGACACAGAGGUAAUUCACAUGGGCACAGUCAUGGAGCUGGACACAGAAAGAAAAGACUGGGAAUUAUGGUCAUGACAGAAACUGGCACUAGAAGGACCACUGUGGAAAACAGAGCGCUUUGAAGAGCCUUGAGUUUGACCACAGAGUUGUAGAUGAAAUGUUUUCUAGAGGAAUGUUGCUUUACUAGAUUCAGGCGUCGACUGAAAUCUCAAGCAUCACGUUUCUUUUUGAAUGACAGCUAUCCAUUUCUGGAUACAUUUAAUGUUCAUUCUAUUAAUAUUAAUGAACAUGAUUGUUUGCUGAUAUUCUUAAUUCAAUGUUGGGUGUAUAACGAAUAGUUUAACAGCAAGAAAACUUGACACAGCUAAAAUAACUUGUACACUUAGAUUACAUCUCAUUAAUCUUGAAGACUUCCUACUAGAUAAUACGUUUCCUGAAUGUUGUAUCGGAUUCAUUAUCAAGGAUAAAAAAAAAAAAAAAAAAAAAAAAGGUUUAUAAACAUUGCACUCACAUUAACAAUCAAUUUCUAGCCAAUGUUUCAACUUAUUAAAUCUAGUAAGCAAAUUCCCACUGCAUUUCCUGGCCUGAAAAUCUUUUUUUUUUUUUUAUAUAUUUCUUUAUAUUUCCAGGUUGUCCAUGUCUGUAAACAAAUGUUUUAGGAAUUAAAUUCACUGUUUGUGCUACUCUUCAAAUAAUAAUAAUAAUAAUAAUAAAUGUGUUUAUCAGUA